UCAGUCGGUCGCCAUCAAUAACUUGCUUCAUUUCGCCGCGAGCUUCUCCUUUGUUUGCUUCUGAGAACUUCUCUCUAUCCUUCUUCAACCUUAGAUUUGUUACCGAUUCAUCAUCAUUUUCCAACACUUUUGAUUUGAUCCGAUUCGAUUCCGAUCUCGAAUUCAGUAUACAUAUGUCUUCUUCUUCUUGUUCUUCGUCUUGCUUAUGGCUUCCUGAAAACCCUAGAAACCUCUCCUUCUUCUCCAAGCGCUUACAGUUUCAAAUUCCAAAGCCGAAUCUUAAAUCACAGAUCUCGCCUUCUCGUCUCACGAUCUUCUCCCUACGCGAUUCCAAAGCUGAUUCUGUGGUGAAUACAAAGACAUGGAAGAAAUUGGUGUUGAACAAUAAGAGACCUGUAUUAGUUGAAUUCUAUACGAAUUGGUGUGGUCCAUGUAGGAUGGUUCAUAGAAUAAUUGAUGAGAUUGGUUUAGAUUAUGGUGGUAGAUUGCAAUGUUUAUCAUUGAAUGCUGAUGAUGAAUUGAAAGUGAUUGAAGAUUAUGAUGUUAAAGCUGUGCCGAUUGUUUUGUUGUUUAAAGAUGGAGUUAAAUGUGAUUCUUUAAUUGGUACUUUGCCUAAAGAGUUUUAUGUUUCUGCCAUUGAUAAGCUUUUCUUUUCUUCUUGAAUAUUUUCUUUGUGAAAGUUGAUUGUAAUUGUCAUAUCUAACCAUUGUAGUAGGGUUUUAAACACCUUUUGUUUUUAUUUCUGAAUUCGAAUCGAACGAGAAAUAUUAAUAAAUGUAUUACGA